ACUUAACGUACUACGUAGACGCAUGACGCACAAGCUCGAGGCGCAGCAGCCAGCAGCAGCACACUUGCUGGAGAAGGCACGCGGAAGAAACAUCCUUCUGGCAAGUCUAGAUAACGCUUUCAGAACAAAUCUUCACGCAAUUCUGGAAUCUUCGACAGCGAUUCGGUCUACAGGUGGAGCUCUGUGCCACAGCGCCAUCUGGCGUUUAAAACCAUAAUCACAAACAACUUUUUAUCUGUUUGAGUGUUUUUUGUUCUUCGGUGGCAGGAUGCAGCCAGAGCCUUCAGACAAAAGCCAGUUGUUCAACUCUCUGAAGUCUUAUCUCAACGACAAGACCAGAAGACAGCCCUACAUUGGCCUGCGCAGCAUCGUCGAGUGUGUGAAUGUGGGCUCGGACAACAGAGAAACCUUGUACUUGUGUGAGGUCUGCGUUCGCCGGGUCACCAAGGCCGAUAUCCGGAACCACAUACAGGGAAGUCGCCACAUCUUCAGCUACAUCAAAACCUGUCAUCCCCAUUUGGCGUAUAAGUGGCAGAAGGACGCGGAUCUUUCGAUGCUGGCUAGGCCGCUGAUAGAGUUGGCCACGGUUGUGGAGAGAAAAGAGGGAACCGGAAAAGUCCAGUUGUUUGAAGUUCCUGAUGCUGUUUACCAGAAGAUGGCUACAGAGAGUGAACAUUACGCUGUAGCUCUGAUAAACGUCUUACGAGACAGAGGGGCGAAUCAGGGAGUCUUCUCAGAAAUGCUCUCCUUACAUUAUCCCGUCGAGUCACAGAGGGUCGUUCUGCUGACACAAACCCAACCAGAAGACACGAAACCGCACAAGGUGUCGGCACAAAACGAAGGUCUACGACGUCCUCCAGCACCUCAUACGAAGAACACUCAGACGUCAUCCAAGAACAGCAGGAGCUCUGUGGAGGACUUCUCAGGGGGCACACCUCCGAUUGGUCUUUCUCGUGUCGUUGGGUUUAAAAGUGAAUGUGGGAGAUUGCAGUGUUUCCUGUGUCACUGCUGCCGCGUCAGAUCCAGCACGCGUGACAUCACCGAUCACCUGACCAGCUCCUCUCACCUGUUCAACUACCUGAUGGAAACGCACCCCAGCUUACUGGAGGGGAUGAGUGAGAAUUCUGAAGCCAACUUCCAUCUUCUCCCAUCUCUGGCUCACAAAGUGGAACAACUGGAGGGCAGAGGACAGAUGGAGAUAGUAAAUGUCCCAGAAUCCUUCUGUAAGCAACUCUCUGGCAAAAGUUACCACUGGUGUUUGACGAUGCAGUCGAGUGGGUGGGUUGACCUCAACGUCCCAGUCAAAAAAGAAGCUGUCAAAGGUGUGGCCAAGCCUGCAGAGUCGAGGAUAAACACCAUUGCCGUGGUGCGACGAGCGAAGAAGAAGAAGAGGAGGAGGAAGGGAGAGAUUAAUACAGUGUUCAACAUACGCAUGCCUGUCCAUAAAGGCGCCGUCUUGGUGGAGAGGACGUCUUUCAACCAGGGAGACCUCCAUGGGCUGCCUGCUUCAUCCUUAUCUCACCCGGGUCCUGUUUCACGGGCCGACUGCGAGACUUUAGAGAUCAACCAAGAGGAAAUUCCUUCAGAGGUGGACGGUUCACCGUUGAAGCAGCAGGUAGAUGAGGAUUAUGGUGGAUUUGCAGCAGAGGAACAAAUCAAAGUCACCAUUUCUCAAGAUACAAGUGAAAACUUCCCCCCGUUUGUGGAGAGCGAGUAUGAUGGACGUGGUUCUGAGGAAAGAUCCGGACAUAACGGGUACGGAGACUGGAUUAAUGAAGGAGCUUGGAGCGAGAGACCGUUGCCUCCUGAGCACCACGGUAACGGCUGGUCUGACUCUCACUACGGACGGGAGUGGGGGGAUCCUGGUCUGCAGUCCGGACUGAAACAACCGAGACACGAGGCGGGAAACGGGAACACACACUCCGGUUCAUUUGAGCGUUACGGACGGCAGCAGCAUCAGACGGCGUGGGCUGGCUGCGGGCCUCGUCCGGGCAGCCCGCGCAGGAAUCCCGACUUGUCCGGUGAAGUAGAAUCGUUUAUAGAAACCGCUCGGACAAAUGUGCAGACUUACUCGGGGGGUGCUCCGUCUCAGAGCGGCAGCAUCUCCGAGCCCAGUUUCAUCAGCUGGAUCCCGUUAGAUUACAGCCGGUACCAGACCGCUCCGCAGGACUACACCACUCCGUAUGCAGACCAUCACAUCAGCCAGAUAAACCAGGUGUGCACGUUUUACUGCAACCACCACCAGACUGGCUACGACACAACCUCCAUCCACCACCCAGCUGGCCCGGUGAGCGGCAGCGGUUAUGGAGAAGCCGCCGGCUGGAGUUUGAUGCAUCCGAAUGCUUUCAUUCAGCCCGGGGUUUACGGCCCCGGUUCCGAUGUUUACUUCAGAGCUGGAAUUCCCUACUGAAUGGAAGCACUUCCUGAAUCUCCCUGGGAUCUGAUCACAUUUUGGCCUUCAGGGAUGUUUAAAACAAGUUUACCUCAUUUCUCUAUUACGAAUCUUCUACUGAAGGAAGUUUGACGUUAUUAUUUGACUAAACAUAUUUAGAUUAAAAUAGAGAAACUUGAUUUGUGUUCAUCUUGGAUUAAAGUUUGAACAGUUAAACUGAAGGCCAGAUUGUGAAGGAUGCAUUAUGCCUUUUGCAGGUGGAUGUGGCAUUAUUUUCUUUUAAAACUGACCGUCAUUUAAUAGAAACCCGAACAAAAGUCUUGUUUUGAUCCUACCAGAGUUUAGGAUGUUUGCUCAGAAAACAUGUUUUAUGUUUGAAUGUUUCAGGUCGGAGGCGUCACUGUUCCAGUUGGAAAAAAACAACAGCUGAAUGUGUUCACGCUCACGUUUUACACGGAUAAUUGUGUUCGUGUUAACUUCAAAGAACAAUUAGCUGUUCAGUUUAUUCAAUUCUGUUAUGUUGCCACUAUAUGUGUUUAUUUUAGUAUUAUCUAUCAGCAGUGUUAACGUCAGUGUUGGGAUGUUCGUGUGUUUAGAAGUUAUUUGUUUUCUGUGCACCACAAUUUUUUCCUUAUCUUUACAAUCUGAUCAUUAUUGCAGUGAUUGUUUUUUUUUUUGUAUUGUGUAAUGUUUUGGUUUAGCUGACCCGUUUUACUCCAAAUGGAAGAAGAAAAUCUUUUUUUGUGGCUGCUCCUGAUAAAAGAUUCAAAAUGAGGCGAUGCUGCAUAACGGAAUGUGACGAUCAAUAAAAAUGCAAACAUUUCCAAA